GCCGCGCCGUUAGAGAUUGGCACAAGUGCGAGAGCAGACAUCACCGGAACAUGACUGGAGCAACAGUUAUCUUGGCCUAUUCCGGCGGAUUGGACACCAGCUGCAUUCUUAAAUGGCUACUGGACCAGCAGUACAACGUCAUCUGUGUCUUGGCUGAUGUUGGCCAGAAAGAGGACUUUGUAGCGGCCGAAAAGAAGGCUCUCAAUAUCGGCGCCAAUAAGGUUAUCGUGGUCGAUGCGAAGCAGUCUUUCGUGGAGGACUACAUCUGGCCGGCCAUCCAGAUGGGCCUCAUCUACGAGGAGCGCUAUUUGCUGGGCACAUCGCUGGCACGGCCCUGCAUCAGCGUGGCUCUGAUGGAGGUGGCGCGUCAAUACGAUGCCAAGUACCUGGCCCACGGCGCCACCGGGAAGGGCAACGAUCAGGUGCGCUUUGAGCUGUGCGCAUAUGCCCUUAAGCCGGAUCUGAAGAUAAUCGCUCCCUGGCGCGAUGUGGAGUUCUGUAGACGUUUUCAGGGGCGCCAGGAUCUGAUAGCCUAUGCCCAGGCGAAUGGCAUUGAGGUGAGCGCCAAGCCGUCCACUCCCUGGAGCACCGAUGCCAACAUUUUGCACAUUAGCUACGAGUCUGGUGUGCUGGAGGACCCCAAUACUGUGGCUCCGGCUAGUCUCUACGAGAUGACGGUUGAUCCAUUGGUGCAGGCUCCACGACAGCCCGUCCGUGUUGUCAUUCAUUUUGAGCACGGUCUGCCCACCAUUGUCGAGGACCUGUCUGGCAAGCGCGACUAUCGCACACCCCUGGAGAUGCUGAAGUUCCUCAAUGAUGUGGGAGGCUCCUAUGGCAUCGGGCGAAUCGACAUUGUCGAGAAUCGCUAUGUGGGACUCAAGUCCCGUGGCGUCUACGAGACUCCGGGUGGCACCAUCCUCUACACCGCCCACCAGGAUCUGGAGGUGUUUGCCCUGGACCGCGAGGUUCUGCGCACCAAGCAAGUUCUGCGCGAUCGCAUGACCGACUAUGUUUACAAUGGAUUCUGGUUCAGUCCCGAGGCCAUCUAUGCCCAGCGAUGCAUUGAGCUGGCCGAGCAGAAGGUCAAUGGUCAAGUAACCAUAGAGCUGGCCCCCGGCUAUUGUCGGGCCAUUGCCCGCAAAGCAUCGGAGGCUGGCGGUUCGCUGUACAACGAACAGCUCGUUUCGAUGGACGUUCAUGGCGGAUAUGUGCCGCAGGAUGCGGGCGGUUUUAUUGCCAUCAAUGCGGUCAGGAUACGGGAGCAUGUGCGUGCAUUUGGACCCUAUGAAGUGGCCAAACAAACGAAAUGAUUUCCAAAUAAAUAAAGAAUUUUAAAGAACUUUAA